ACGACGUGAAGCGGAAACAGUCCGUUCUCUCAAAAUGUCCGCGGCCGAUGAAGACACGUUGCCUCAGGAGGAUGACGAGUUUGAGGACAUGGAGGCGAGUGGAAGCGACGAGGAUGAUAUGGAGGGAGGUGGACAGAACGGGGACGUAGAGGAAAAAGUUUAUGUCCCCGGUCUGGAAGCGCUCCAGCCAGGAGAAGAGCUCGAGAUGGACCGCUCCGCUUACCGCAUGUAUCACGAGUGCCAGACUGGUGCCCCAUGUCUGAGUUUUGAUGUGGUGCGUGAUGGUGAAGGAGAGGGGAGAGAGCAGUUUCCUCUCUCUAUGGUGCUUUGUGCUGGAACACAGGCGGACACCGCGUUCAGCAACAGGCUUAUUGUCAUGCGCAUGCACAAUCUUCAUGAAACUGACAAAGAAAAAGAUGAAAAUGAAAGCAGUGAUGGAGAAAGUGAUGAAGAUGAGGAAGACGAGGAUAGGAAACCACAGUUGGAACUGGCCAUGAUGCCACAUUAUGGUGGGAUCAACAGAGUCAGAGUCACCCAGCGAGGGGAACAGGCAUUGGCUGCUGUCUGGUCAGAGAAAGGCCAGUUGGAGAUUUUUGACCUCCGACCUCAGCUUGAGGCAGUACACAGUUCAUCAGUGAUGUCAGCUUUUAUCAAGCAACAGAAGGAAGCCACGCCCCUUUUCAGUUUUACUGGUCACAUGUCAGAAGGAUUUGCCAUUGAUUGGUCACCCAAAGUACCAGGACGCCUGGUAAGCGGCGACUGCAAGAAGAACAUUCAUGUCUGGGAGCCACAGGAGGGUGGGACUUGGAAGAUUGACCAACGGCCUUUCAGCUCACACAGCAAGUCUGUUGAGGACCUACAGUGGUCACCUACUGAAGCCACGGUUUUUGCAUCGUGCUCAGUGGAUCAGUCCAUUCGCAUUUGGGACUUAAGGGCCCCACCUAAUUCUAUGCUUUCAGCCAAUGAGGCUCAUUCUUCAGAUGUCAAUGUGAUCAGCUGGAACCGAACUGAACCAUUUAUUUUGUCUGGAGGAGAUGAUGGCCUCCUGAAAGUCUGGGAUUUAAGGCAGUUCAAGUCUGGACAUCCAGUGGCCAGUUUUAAGCAGCACAGUGCACCCGUGACGUCGGUCCAGUGGAGCCCUGUUGACUCUAGUGUGUUUGCCGCCUCUGGAGCUGAUGAUGUCAUCAGCCAAUGGGAUCUGUCAGUGGAAUCAUGUGACGUGGGAGAACAGGCAGAUGGCUUAAAACAGCUACCACCACAACUACUGUUCCUUCACCAGGGCCAGAAAGAAGUGAAGGAGGUCCACUGGCACCCACAGAUUCCUGGAGUUCUCAUUUCCACAGCACUGUCAGGAUUCAACAUCUUCAGAACAAUUUCUGUUUAACUCUUUCUAUGUGUGUGUGUGUGUGUGUGUGUGUGUGAGUGAAACAGACAGAUUUGUUUCAGGCAUAAAUGGUGUGCAUGUGUAUAAUUUUUAAUGUACAUAUAGAAGGAUGAAUGGAACAUCUUGGUAUGCAUGACUUGUAUGCAUUUCUGUCAUUUUCCCACCCUUUUCUUGUGGAACCGAUUUUUCAACUUCUUGAGACAGAAAUUAUGUAAUUGUAUGUGACAAAUUACUAAUUCGUUAAAACUCUGUUCUGAAUCAAGUGUA